GUGUGUCUGUCAUCUGAGUAUCUGUGUUUGACAAUUCCAAUGUUUUGUAAAAACACGUGUCUAGCCAUGCAAAGCGAUUUAUGAUUAUGAAUUUUAUUAAAUGUUUUAUUAUAUAAUUAAAAAUGCCUCCAUAUAAAGCUGGUUUAAAACGAAAAGUUACAUCAGACAAAAAAAGUGAUAAUGUUGUUGAAGAUAAAGAUUCAAGUAGUGAUAAUGAAAUAGAAGACUUGCUCCAAGGGGAUUUGGAUAAGGAAAGCGAUGCAACGGACUCAGAGCAUGAACAAGAAGAUGAUGGCUCAGAUGGCGAAAGAGACGAAGUUCUAUUUGAUGACAGUGCAGACUCAGUGCUAGAAGAAGAUCCACAGUCUGAAGAAUCUAUAGAUGAAUCAUCAGAUCUUUCAGAUUCUGAAGACAAUGAAUCAGGAGAUAGUGCAGAUGAUGAUGAGAGUCAACCAGAAUCUGAUGAAGAACAGAGUGCUGAUAGUGGUGCUGAAACGGGAACGGCUCCAUCAGCAUCUGGUUCAAGUGAUGAAUCAAAUAAAAAGAAUCAGAUUUUAAAAAAUGAAAAUGAAAAAAGUAAUAUUAAACAGGCAUCUACAAAAAAAAAAGCAUUAAAGCAGAGACAGAAGAAAAAAAUGAGCAGCAUAGAUGUUUUAGCUAGUAAAAUACAAGAAGCUAAAGUUUCUACUGAACCGGUUCAACAAAAAGAUGAGUAUGAAUCAGGCGACACCUCAGAUGAAGAGGAUCGAGUAAAUACGGCUGGGGAAGUUCCCAUGUGGUGGUACAAUGAGUAUCCACAUGUAGGGUACGAUCUUGACGGUCGUCGCCUCAUCAAACCACCACAACGGGAUCACAUUGAUGAGUUCCUCAAGAAAUGUGAAGACCCAGAGUUUUGGCGAACAGUGCGUGACCCCUCCACAGGACAAGACAUCGUGCUUUCCAAGGAGGACCUGCAGAUGCUGGAGCGCUUGCGACAAUCACGUGUGCCCAGUGCAACACAUGAUGAAUAUGAGCCGUGGGUGGAGUGGUUCAGUCGCGAAGUGCUGGCGACGCCGCUGCGCGCCUUCCCCGAACACAAGCGCUCGUUCCUGCCCUCGCGCUCCGAGCAGAAGCAGAUCUCGCGCAUCGUGCACGCCCUGAAAAUGGGCUGGACCAAGACCAGGAAGCAGAUAGCCGACGAGAGAAAGAAGAAAAAGGAGCGGCAGUUCUACAACCUGUGGGGCGCGGGCGGGCAGGUGCGCGCGCCGCGCUCCCUCCCCGCGCCGCGCCGCGCGCUGCCCUCGCACGCCGAGAGCUACAACCCGCCGCCCGAGUACCUGCUCGACCGCCGCGAGAUGAAGGAGUGGGACAAGCUGAGCGAGACGCCGUGGAAGCGCAAGUACACGUUCCUGCCGACGCGCCACGCCAGCCUGCGCGAGGUGCCCGCCUACCCGCGCUACGUGCGCGAGCGCUUCCUGCGCUGCCUCGACCUCUACCUCGCACCGAGGGCGAUCAAGAUGCGCUUGACCAUCAAUGCAGAGGACCUCGUGCCGAAGCUGCCCUCGCCGCGUGACUUGCAGCCGUUCCCCACGAGCGAGGUGUUGCGCAUCACCGGCCACGAGGCGCUCGUGCGCAGCGUGGACUUCGACCCUUCGGGACAGUACAUCGUCUCCGGCAGCGACGACGGAACCGUCAAAGUGUGGGAGACGAGCUCGGGGCGCUGCCUGCGCACGGUGCGGCUGGGCGCGGCCGUGGCGCGCGUGGCGUGGACGCCGGCGCUCGGCCUCAGCCUCGUGGCCGUCGCGCUGGGCCGCCGCCUGCUGCUGCUCAACCCCGGCGCCGACAUCGGCGCGCACCGGGUGGCCGCCGACACCGACGCGCUGCUCGCCGAGCCGCCGCCCGCGCACGACGUGCUCAUGGACGAGCGCACGUCGUCGUGCGUGCAGUGGGAGGUCGUGGACGCGGAGCAGUGGGCCCGCGGCGUGCGCGUCGCCGUCGCGCACUUCAAGCCCGUCACGCACGUGGCGUGGCACGCGCGCGGGGACUACGUGGCGGUGACGCUGGCGGAGGGCGCGGCGCGGGCCGUGGUCGUGCACCAGCUGUCGCGCCGGCGCAGCCAGCUGCCCUUCCGCCGCGCCAAGGGGCUCGUGCAGUGUGCCGUGUUCCACCCGCACCGCCCGCUGAUCUUCGUGGCGACGCAGCGCGUGGUGCGCGUGUACGACCUGGUGAAGCAGGAGCUGGUGCGCAAGCUGCAGACGGGCGCGCAGUGGAUCAGCGCUAUCGCCGUGCACCCGGCCGGAGACAACCUGCUCGUCGCGUCCUACGACCGCAAGCUCGUCUGGUUCGACCUGGAGCUGUCGGCGCGUCCGUACCAGACACUACGCCUGCACGGGGGGGCGGUGCGAGCGCUGGCCUUCCACCGCCGCUACCCGCUGUUCGCAUCGGCCGGCGACGACCGGUACCUCGUCGUGGCGCAUGGAAUGGUCUACAACGAUUUACUUCAAAACCCGCUUCUGGUCCCGCUGAAGCAGCUGCCCGGGCCCGAGCGCAGCGGCGAGCUGUGCGUGCUGGACGUGCGCUGGCACCCCGCGCAGCCGUGGCUGCUGGCCGCCGCCGCCGACCACACCAUACGACUCUAUGCUUAAACUUCAAUUUUCAUAAAAUAUAUACAAAAUUAUA